AACUACUUAUGCACAACGAGUCGGGAUACGCCUGUUGUCAAACCACGCGAACCCCGCUAGUAAAUCCCGCCCAUCAAGCCAACCCGCCAAGCAGAGGUGGCUAGCGGUUAGCUGCUAGUUAGCUGUUGGUUAGCUGUUAGCUGUUUGGGUCCACGCCAUGACAGCAGAGUCCACACCGAGGUCUGUGUUCCAGUCCCCGGAAACAUUAUAACUGUCAGGUCACUUUUAAAACUAAAGGGACAACUUAAUUUCAGGAUGUGCUCCGUCGUCGGAUGUGAUUCGGGACGUCGCUGUGCCCCACGGUUUAAGUUACCGGAGGACCCAGAGAGGAGACUGGAGUGGGUUCAGUUCCUGUUCGAAGUCAACGGGCAACGACUUAAAGAAUCGUCUUGGACUGAUAUCACUAUUUGUAAUGAACACUUUACUAAUGACUGCUUUGACGAACUGGCUCCGGGGACUGGCACGGCCCUUCUAAAGUCCAGUGCUGUCCCAUCACGGUGUAUCAAGUCAGAGCCAGAAGAACCGGAGCUGGAUCAGGAGCCUUUUCAAAUCUCAGAAGCAGCUUUUCAUGAGGACAUUAAACCCUGUAAUUCUCCAACUUCCUACUCGGAAGAAGCAAAAUAUACUGUAACUGGUUUCCAUGCAAGCCCGGUGUCAUAUUCACCAGAUGCUUCAAAUGCUGUCACCUCUGAUGACUUAAACAAGGAAAAAGCUGCGCUUCUGACGGAAGGAAAGUGUAUUGUGAAUGAAAGCUGCCUCUUCCAGUUGUUCCGCCGCAAAUGCCCGUCAUGUGGAUGUAAGCUUCAGACGGAGAAGGUCACACAUGGGGUGCUCAUCAUCUUGAACCAGCAGUGUCUUCAGUGUGACUACAGAAACCAAUGGAAAAGCCAAGUCAAUGCCAGCGUCCCAACGGCUGAAGAUCAACAGCUGACAGAAGAAGUGCCAACAGUUUUCUCUGAGAUUGUUACCCUUAGUGAUGAAGAAAGUGAUCAGUCAGAUGCAGGAGAAGAAGGUGAUAGUGGCGGGGUGAGCUCAGACGGGGAAUGGAAUCCAACUGAGGAGACUUUGCUGGCUGAAGAGCUCACAAAGAACUCUGAAGAGGAAGCCGAAGAUGAAACCGAAGACGAAACCGAAGAGGAAGGCGAGCAGGAGGAUGACUCUCCGGGUGGCCUCCAAAUUCACGAGCUCUGCACGGACUGUGGAUGUUUUUUCACUAUUCUGAAGCCUCACACGUGUGAGCACAAAAUAAAGCCCUAUUCCUGCAACGUGUGUGGCAAACGAUGUGUUACCAAGACGUCGCUAAAAAACCACAGCAGAAUUCACGAUGAAACCUACGACCAUCCUUGUAAAUUCUGCCACGCUCCCUUCAAAACAAGGCUGGACAAACUUAAACACGAGCAGAUCCAUAAAGACAGGAAAGACCCCUAUAAAUGUCCCGACUGUCCAGAGACAUUUACCACCAAUAAAAAACGCAGAAUUCACCUGGCAGAUCACAGGACCCCAAAGGAGUACAAAUGUGGAGUGUGCGAUAUUACAUUUAAGGAUGUACAUCACCUUCGGAGACACUCGGUCGUGCACACAGGAUUGAAGCCGUACAUGUGUUCAGUGUGCCAACGUGGCUUCAACCAAGGAAGCCACCUGAAAUCCCACAUGCGCGUGCACACGGGGGAGAGGCCUUUCAAGUGUCAGCUUUGUGACAAAAGCUUCAAUCACAACGUGAGCUUGAAGAGUCACGUCCAGCGUUACCACUCAACCAAUUCUGGACGUGAACGUAAGGCGGCUAAAAUAGACGAAAGGGCGAGCGACACAGGUGAUGGUGGUGAUGAGGACAGUGGGAAUAAGAAAGACUCAGACUCUGAAUUUGACAAUGUAAAAGAUAAACCGGAUACCGAAGAGGAGGUGCAGAAGGAGAGAACGGGGAAAAAAAGUAGGAGAAGCACAGGUAGACCUGUAGGAAGGCCUAAGAGAACGGCAGAAGGCAGCUUGGGUCGGUCAGGGGGGAAAGCAGGUCAGCGUUUAAACACUGCCAAAUCAAAGGCGCGGAAGUUGGAGAAAAUCGGUUCCAGCGAGGAGGAAAGUGAGGGAGAGCAAUCCGACUGUCACAUAUCCUCUGACUCCGCAGAAAAGGAGGAGGAAAAGAAGGAGACAGCAAGGAAGAGCACGGGGAGAUCAAGAAGAAGACCCACAAAUGACGGUGACAGCGAUUUUGACCCAGAAGAAGAAGAAACCAAAAAAAAGAGAUACAGCAGUCAGAGCUCAGGGAAACGUAGAGGAAGACCAAAAAAGAAUCAAUCGGUCUGAAAAUUCUCACAACACACACAGCUGCAAAAUGAAUUUGGUGUUCGCAAUUGUGAGAAAAGAGGAUGCCAUAGAAACCUGGAUUGAAAUCUCCCGAGCAGAAAGCAACUUGGAAUAUGAGAAAAAAACAUCCACCGGCGUCUUUCUGAAUCAAGUUGUCUUUACUGUGCAGUGAUGGAUGGUCAGUCAGUAAUAAGCACAUGUUAUUUGGAAAUAUAUUCAGUAGUGAGUAUUGGAUGCAUUAUAAGAAAGUGACUGAGUGUAAGGAAAGGUUUACGUAAGUUACCAUCGGAAAAUGUGUGUCACCAAAUGAGGAAAAUCAGUCUAACUGGGAAAUGUGUACUAUAUUUGUGUAAAGUAAGAAUAAUGUAAGCUUAAAGCUAAAAAUACCUUUUUAUACUUUCAAAUGAAGUCAGGUCCCUGUAGCAUUUUCUAUAUCUACUUAUUCACUAUAGAGCUGCAUCAUUAUGUAACUUGAGAGAGUUGUUAGUCUGUAGGGAAAUACAGAAAUAUUCAGAAAGCAAUUCAUUGCUACAUAUUUUGGUUUUUAAAUCGGUAUUCAAAAAUUUAGCCUGCUGGCUAGACCAUCAGACUCAAUGAUAAUGUACUUUUACACAAUGCAAAUUUAUAGAAUCAUGUCACAGCUGGGUAUUCCCAAGUCAUUUCAACACUCACGUUUAGGACUGGCUCAGAAUUGUCAAGGACCAUCUCCUAAGGGCCGUUUGCUGUUGUGUAUAUUUCUCCCAUUAGCUACAGAUAAUAUUGUCUACAUUGCUGCUGACCAUUAUAGAGCUGCUUGCUGAGCCUUGAAACUAGUUUGGGAUACAAUAGCUGAAUAAUCACAGUGAAGAGAAGUUAGUUAUGGUUCCAUAAUACAUUUAUUAAGAUGGACUGUCAAUGACCUCAGAGUUUCCCUGAAUGCACCCCUGAGACGGGUCUGGCUAAUAGUCCCUGCUUGCCACUGUAAGAACACAAAUAUCUAAGGAAGUAAACUACAGGUUAAUAAAUGAAUAACGUCUUCACUGUAUUGAGUUACCUGUUUCAAGUCUCCGCACAUUUCUUUCCAUACCAUACAGAAACUAAUACACGGUUGCAAGUAAUGUUAACAACAUGCAAUUUGUAGAAAACGGUAUGAAAAAUGCAAAAUGCCCAGAUUUUUAUAUAAAAUAAAUGGUUCCAACUGCCA